AUGUUCCCCUGCUACGCAGACACAUACACUCGCAAGCCCAUCACAGAUGUCUUCACCAAUGACACGGAUUUCGACAAGCGCAAGCAGACCAGGACUGUUCCCAUGAAGGUUCUGCUGCUGGCGACUGGAAGAACAGGCACAGCUUCUAUGCGUGCGGCCAUGAGGCACCUGGGCUACGUCGAGACCUACCACAUGAUGUGCGCCUCGAUCGAGAACCCCCCCGACGCCCUGCUGUGGCACGACGCCCUGGUGGCCAAGUACUUCCCCGAGCGCUCUCCACUGCCCGAGGGCACCAUCCGCACCCGCGAGUUCUGGGACCAGCUGCUGGGCAACUGCCAGGCCGUGUGCGACUGGCCUGCGUGCGCCUUUGCCGAGGAGCUGAUCGAGGUGUACCCCGAGGCCAAGGUGGUCCUGACGGGCCGCGACGUCGACAGCUGGCACAAGUCGACGCUGCCGACCGUCUUCUGGCGGGCGACGGACCACGAGCUGGCGGCGCUCAGCAACAAGAUCCUCCCCUUUGGCCUGUCCGGGUCGUGGGCCGCGCAGAUGUACUACCCGAUGCUCAAGAUGUUCUUCGACACCUUCUUCGAGGGCGACUUUGCCAACCGCGGCAAGGACAUCUACCGCCGCCACUACGCCAACGUGGUCAAGCUGGCCACCGAGGACGGCAAGAAGCCCGAGAGGCUGCUCGAGUUCCGCGUCCAGGAGGGCUGGGAGCCCCUGUGCGCGUUCCUGGGCGAGUGUGUGCCCAAGGCUCAGAAGUUCCCCAACGUCAACGACAGCAGCGACUUUGUCCGCCGCUCCCGCAGAAGGAACCGCAUGCAGAUGCUCAACGUCGGCCUUCGCCUGCUCAUGUGGUGGGUCGUUGUCGGCUUCGUGUGCUACAUGCUGAUGGGCAUGCUCACCAUCUAACCCAUCCGAUUGGUGUGUGAGGGUUUGGGAUAAAAGACCCGAAUCCUUGUUGACGAAAUGAGACUUACCGAAAAUGGGGAUAGUGAUGUGAUCAUGGUGGUUGGAUCGGGGUUUUUUUUUCCUUUUCUUUCUCUGGCACAUAUCGGUUAUAUCGGUGAUAUCAUAUUGGUUUCUGGGCAUGUACAUGCACUGUACAUAUCAUCAUCAUUCUUGGGCGUUUAUCUUUUUUCUGGGCUAGAUGGUUUGGGACGGUUUUCACGGUUCGGAUGCCUGACCUGGUGCUUGGGCAAAAGCAUUUCAUUCAACAACUUGCAUUCACUAUUUACAAUACCUAUUCCCAUUUGAUUACAAAAUAGUUACAAAAUUUCAUGUGGCCUGUGCAUCCUC